AUGUCGCUACCCUCCUUCACCCGACUGAUCCGUUUUAUUGCCAAGAAUGAACCCUCCGGAAUCCUGAUUGGUGAGCCUGUAUCGGGCAGUGCGGACGUAGGGUUAGCGUUAAGGAACAGCCAAGACGUCUGGGCUUACCUUUUCACUGGGUCUUCAAUCCUAGCACCAGGAAACAAGACGGAGAAAAAAGUUCAGGUUGACCGGGUGUUUUCUCCGCUUGCACAGCAUGAGGUAGGCACCAUUAGGUGCAUUGGUCUUAAUUACAAACAGCAUGCCCGAGAGGUAAACCUAUCUUUACCAACCGUCCCAACAGUCUUCCUAAAGCCAGCCACCAGCCUCAAUGAUCCCUUCCCAUCGCCGGUUCCGCUGCCGAAAAUAUCGCAGUUGACCGACUCGGCCGAUUACGAGGCAGAACUUGCGGUAAUCAUUGGACGGACUUGCCGUAACGUGACAGAAACCGAAGCCAACGACUACGUUCUUGGAUAUACGGCCUGCAACGAUGUGUCUUCUAGAACCCCCCAAUUUCGAGAUAGUCAGUGGUCUUUCUCCAAAGGAUUUGAUGGAGCUUGUCCUCUAGGCCCGACACUGGUAUCUCACGAAGUCAUAUCUGAUCCUAAUACACUAAAGUUAAGAGGUAUCCGAAACGGCCAGGUUGUCCAAGAUUGUGGAAUAGAUGACCUGAUCUUCAACGUACCCCAGAUUAUCAGCUAUUUAUCUCAAGACACUACCUUGCCAGCAGGGACAGUUAUUCUGACCGGAACACCUGCAGGCGUGGGAUAUGGAUGGUCUCCACGACAGACCCUUAAGGCGGGAGACGAGUUCGCAGUGGAAAUUCUACCUUUCAUUGGCACACUUACAAACAUUGUUGAAAACUCGGAAUAG